AGAUGCAUUAAGAGACACCAACUGCAAACUACAGGAAAGCCUCAAGAAAUCUGCAACAGAGUUGAAUGAUUUGUCACGAAAAAUCGAAGAUACCAGUGGUUUAGAAACAGACAAAAUCAUUUAUGAAGAGAAGUGUAAGCUUCUAGAAAGUGACUUGAAAAUCGCUCGAGAUCAGUUAGAGAAAACCAAAUUAGAAUAUUCCUUGGAGAAGAGUAGCCUACUGACUACUAUUUCACAAUACGAGCAUCUAAAUAAUGAGAUUUUAGAAAAGAAUAACAUGAUCGAACAAACGAAAAUGUUCAUCUCAAAUAUAUCUUCUGAGAACAUGGCACUGCGCAGUCAAGUAGACGGAUUGAAUAAAAUUUUAUCAGAAACAGGAGCAGGAGAUGUUGUCAGAGAAUUAACGAAUAACCAAGAACAGUUGAUAUAUUACCAGUCACAGUAUUAUCAGGUAUUAAAUGAGAAACAGCGCCUCCUGGAUCAAAUGGAUGUCUUGAAAACUGAUAAUAAGGCGAUGUUAGAACAUCAAGAGACAAACUACAAACAUCUGCAGAAACAACUCCAAGAUUUAGAAAAGAUAUCUAAAGAUAACAAAAUACUCAGACAACAAUUCGAAAGAGAACAUGAAACCGUGAUUUCGCUUCAAAACGAGAGAAAAAAAUAUUUGGAAGAGAAAGAUUUAUUGAAGGCAAUAUUUCACCACCUCAAAUCAGAAAUUUCUCGAGUCCAAAAGCUUGAGGGGACCGUAUCUGAUAUUAGCAAGGAAGCAAAUAAACUUGCGAUGAUUGCUGAAUAUAACAAACAAUUGGGGAAGAAGUUAAAGACAGAAAUCAUCGAGAAGGACAAAACUAUUCUAUUUCUCAAAAGUAGUGUCGAAAAACUGAAUGACAUUCAGAUAAAAGAUACGAAGGAGAAAUUAUCUUUAUGCUACGAGCUUUCCGAAGUUUGUCAAAUGAAGGAUCAGCUUAAUAAUGUAUUAUCGUUGGAAGUACGAAAGAAUAUGGCGCUGGAUGACUCGAAAAAAAAAGUGGUCCAAACAGCGGAUAGUCAGCUGAGGAAGUAUGAGGAUUUCCAAAAGAAGGAACGAACAGUACUCAAAGAUUUAUUGAGAGAUCUGAAGAUUGUCGUUAGACAACGAGAUACCCUAGGAAAAGAACGGGAAGAACUUUUGAAAGAACUCGGUGAUCUUAGAAUUUCACAUAGCGAACAAAAUAAAAAAAUUGAAAGUCUCAUUACGGAAAUGAAUGGAUCGAAAAUAAAGCUGACUGAUUUACAAACCAAAUAUGAUGAAGAAAAAUGCAAAUCUGACAAACUCCAGGAUAAAAUCACCUUCGAAGUCGGAAAAUACAAUGAAAAUAUUAAUCAACUUGAAAAACUCAUUAUUCAGCUUCGCAAGGAAAAAGAGGAAUUGGAAAAUAGUGUUGAAUAUUUACAAAAUAAUUUGCAGAAAAUGCACAAUGACUUGAAUGAAACAAGGAAAAGCGAAAAGGAAGCUAAGGAUAUGUUCAACUCAUGCCUGAUUGAGAAAACAGGACUUGCUGAAUUGAAGUUCGAACAGGAGAGGAAGAUCGAAACAUUGAACGAAGAAAAAGACAAACUCACUAAGGAAAUCAAUCACGUAAAUUCACUGUGUGAAAAAAUUCUUGCAGAUUUUGAAACGAAUAUAAAAUCUUCGAUAGAAAAAGAGGAUCUCUAUAAAAAAGAGAUUCAAGAGUCCAAACAGAUGAUCCUGGAUAAUAGUCGUGAAAUUGAACAACUCUCCAAUGUUUUAACAACAAAGCAAAGCGAACUCCAGAACAUCAUUAGCGAAUGUAAUCAUCUGAAACAGAAGGAAAAGCAGCACGUAGAUGUAAUGAGAGCUUUGGAAAAUCAGAAACUGGAUACGAAGGAUUACAAAAACAAAAAGGAAAAGUUGGAAAAUGAACUAUUCGAUCUGAAAUCUGAACAUGAAAAUACUAAAAUUCAGUUAGCUAAUGCAAAGGAAGAGCUAGAAUCACUUUAUAAACAAAUGAAGGUUAUUAUGGAGCAGAAAGAAGAUGAAUACCGAUUCUAUAAAAAACAUAUGGACGAUACCUUCAGCCAAAAUGAAUCAUUACAAGAAAAAAAUAGAGCUGAAUUGAACGAACUUAAACUUCAUUUGAACGAUCUCACACAUAAAUUAGAGAACGAACGUUCUGCAUACUCCGCCUUAUCUCAGAUACACAAGGAUGUAUCUGCUAAGUUCAUCAAAAGCAUCAAAGACGUAGUUGACGAGAAAAGUGCCAGACAAGAAGCAGAAGCGAAACUAGAAGAGGCUCAACAAAACCUGGAGAUUCUCAAAACUGAAAAGUCCGAUUUGCAACAACAGGUCAAUAUUCUUCUUGAUGGAUUGAACGAUGAAAAGAAUCGAAUAAAUACAUUAACACAAGAAAGGGAUAAUAUUCAAAAGUCCUUGGAGGAAUUGCAGAAGAGACAUAAUGAAAUACUCAGAAAAUGUUUGUCUUUGGAAAAUCAAAUUAGAGGGGCAGAUCUCACGAAGGACACAGAAAAAGAAACUUUAAAGGAGCAAAUAGAUACACUGAAAAGAGAAUCCGAAGAUAAUCAAGAUUUGAUUUUUAGUCUCAAACAAGACCUCACUGAUGUUAACCAGAAAAUCACAGGAUUGGAAUUUCAAAAAUCAGAACUUAUACUGAGAUUGCAUGAAAUGCAACGAAAAUUCGAAACGGAAAAAAGCCUAUGCCAACAGCUGAAGAAUACGCACAAACUAAUUGUCACUGAAGUUCUCAAACUGAAAGAUGGUGGGAAUGUCAAUGGUCAGAGUUGUAACAGUUUAUUACUUUUAGUACAAAGCAACGGUGACGUCUGUGAAAUUGAACAAAAAUAGAGUUUGAGAAUAAAAAUCUGUCAACAUUAAAA